AGUGUCAAAAUAUUUUCUUUCGGCCGUGCGUUUUCAUGUUGUUUAUCCAUAUUUCCCUUUAUUUACGUUUUUAUGGGAAAAAUAAGAUAAUCAUGCUCUAUACUCAUGACGGCAUAUCUCCAAAAUUUUUAUCGGAAAUUCUAUGUGUAUAAAUGCCUCAGUAAUACAGUUUCGCAGUUGUUUUUAGAUCUUUGAAUUUGGAUUUGUUGACUGAAUUUUCUUAAAUUUUCUCGUACAAUGUUUCAUAAAAGUGAGGGCUGUUUUUUGCAGUCUCGGCACGGGUACAGUAGGCACGAUGAAUUUGAUGAGUUGAAUGAUUUAUUUAACAAAAAGUUCCAGUUUAGGUUCAGCGAGGAAUGGGAGCUACCGAGCGCAGACUCGUGGUUUUCCGCGCCGCCUUGGAAGGUUAAAGAACUCGAGACUUUGAAAACUCGACUGAAUUUCUACAAGAGUCAGUUGAAUGAUUUUAAUAUUGAAGAAUGGAGCAGUCAUACAAGGCGGCGGAACCCAGCUGGGGAAGUUUGUUGGAAGAUCCGAUGCCUCGUCAACCCAGAGUUUCUCACACAAGCGUGGACUAAGUUCUAUGAGUGUGCCAGUACAUAUAAUGCCGUGCCUAUGGAGGCUAUCAUUGAGAGGAAGAUGGUGUCCCUGCACUUGUGUGAAGCCCCGGGUGCAUUCAUCACGUCACUAAACCAUUACUUGAAGUCUAAUUACCCUGAUGUUGAGUGGAAAUGGAUAGCUAACACUCUGAACCCGUACUAUGAAGGCAACUCCCCGUCAAACAUGAUAAGUGAUGACCGGUUCAUGUUUCACACCCUGAACAACUGGGACUUCGGUGCUGACAACACGGGCAACCUGAUGGACUGGAACAAUUCACAGGCUAUUGUGAACAAAGCCAAAUCAUUGGGCAAGGUAUUACUGGUAACAGCAGACGGCUCCAUUGACUGCCUGCAGAAGCCUGAUGCUCAGGAGGAGGUCACUUCACUGCUCCAUUACUGUGAAAUUGUCACAGCCCUACAAGCACUCAGUCCAGGUGGAACAUUUAUAUUCAAGCUCUUCACAAUGUUCGAGCAUUCCACAGUCAGCCUGCUCUACCUCAUCAACCAUUUGUUUGAAGAGGUGAACAUCUACAAGCCAGUCACCUCACGCCAAGGCAACUCUGAAGUUUACGCAGUGUGCCUCAAAUAUAAAGGCAGUGACGGCUUGACUCCGUUCAUAUCGAGACUCGAGGUUGCAUUUGGUACCGAAUUGUACGAAACUUUAGCACUGUUCCCUCUAGAGGCUAUACCGGAAAGCUUUCUGAAACAAGUCCAAGAUUGCGCAUUUUAUUUCAGCUCAAUACAGUGCCAGGUGAUAAACAACAAUCUGCAAGCAUAUUUAAUGCAAAAUAAUCCUGCCCUGUAUAGAGACAUAAAGAAAAUACGAGCAAUUGUGGCCUCUGAAUUUAUCUGGAAAUACAACUUGAGGCCGUUGGAGAUGGAAGAUGAGAUACUUAAAGGAAUAUUGCAUGAAGAGAACAAAAUCAACACAAAUCCGCGGUAUCAUCGCGGUUCCUAUACAGAGAGGGAGCUGUACACUAAAAUGAACUUGAAAGAGAAAAGUAAAAGUCUCAGCUCAUUUCUAGAAGCAGAAGUAUUGUCCAAUCCUAUGAUGUCUACGACUGAACAAACGAAAUGGAUAAAUCACGAUGAAAAUCUCAAAAUUAACCCCAUACUGACACUUGGAAAGCCACUUAAGAAAAUUGGCAGUUCCAAAUUCAUAUUUGUGCCAAUAUUCAAACUGUACCAGCAAAUUUUGGCAGAGAAAGAGUUCAGAGAGAUCAUCUUCGGUAAAGAUGAGACAAUAGAGACUCAAAACACGCCUGAGCUGGUCAAUAAAACAAGUUGCAAUGGAAAUAAAGAACUCUAUCUGUCUGAGUUUGUUCAUAAAGAAGAUUACAGUGUGUAUGAAAAGAGAUGUUUCAAGCAGUUAUUACAGCUGCUGAAUAGUCUAUCCAUUGGAGACUCGUUAAUGAUACGGAAUUUUAGUACAUUGACGCAUUUCAACAACAGUGUUCUGUUCAUUCUUUCCAAAAAGUGCUUUGCAAGCACUGGGUUGACGUGUUACGGUAGUAUUAUACUGAACAAUUUGCUGACCAAAGAGCCAUUCAAGUAUUUAGAUGAUAUAGCGACUGAAUGUGACAAAGUGAUGGGAGAUGAUUCAAAAGAUGUGUUGAACACAUUGCCAGUUCAGGUAACAAAUACUGGAGAGUUCUUCAACAACAUUGUUUUCUUCAACAAUACAUUCUACAGGAACAAAUGUACUGAAUACCUGAAGUCUAUUCAAAUGUCUCUUUAAAGUUGAUUUCAUAAAGCAUUUUAUGUUGUGUUUAUAUAAAUUAUUUUUGUAACAAAAAACAAAUGUUUUUGUUAUUUAUUAAGAUGAUGAACGGCCACGGGACUCAUAUUGUAAAUAAACAUGUCCAUUUUA